AUGGCCUCUCGAAGCAUCAACGCAAGUUAUUUCGAGCCGAGCGAAGAUCAGAUGAUCAACCUACUCGAACAAAUAAAAGACUGGCAAAUAAACCAUGGGUUUCUCCUGAAACUGAUGCCAUCAGAAGAGGAGCACAGCGUACUGUCAUACCCAGUAGGCGUCAGUGUAUUUCCAACACCGUUUCCACGAACACAGUUCAACCGUGCAAUCGAUCUGCAAAAAAUAUACAACGAGCUCUACUGUGCCAUCGCCGAAAACGAGAAUUGGCUCUACAGCGUCACGAAAGACCUCAUCCCCGUUGAGCCACUUGCGUGUGCAUUGUGGGGGAUUUACGAAGAGACCAAAAAGGCAGGGAUCGUCCAGAACAUCUCAGCUGGGAUCUUUCGCUCUGAUUAUAUGCUUCAUCUCAAUGAUAAUGAUGAAAGUGUAUCAGUAUAUCCCCGGUCUAUCUUUGAAACUAGUCUGAAGCAAGUCGAGUUCAAUGCCUUUUCAUGUGCGGGUGGUAGUCAUGCGAACAGAGUCGCUGAUAUGCAUCGCUACCUGACUCGCAUUGGGGAAUAUGAUCUUGGUCAAGAGCAGCGUGGAAAAGAGAAGAUUAACAUUAAGUCUUUGCCACCGAACAAUAACAUUGAAGGCAUUGCGUCUUGUCUGGCAUCAGCUCAUGCUGUCUAUGGUUCACCCAAGUCCCGAUCAGUACAACAAACCGCCGUUCUGUUCAUCGUGCAACCUAAGAAUUUCAACAUUGCAGACGAAAGGCCGAUAGAAUAUGCCCUAUGGGAUCGAGACGAGCCGGUACCUGCAUAUAGACUCAACUGGGGAGACAUCCUCCGAGACACGUCGCUUACGGAUAGUCGUCAGUUAUUGUUUCAUCCUCCAUGGAUGAAAUCAAAGUCACCUGUGGAAAUUUCGGUUGUUUAUAUGAGGGCCGGCUACGAGACGCACGAGUACGAUGUUAGAGGCUUCCAAGCACGUCUACAACUUGAAAAGUCGACUGCUAUCAAGUGUCCCUCUAUUCUCUCGCAUAUAUCUACAUUCAAGAAGGUGCAACAAGCACUAACUGCACCUGGUGCUCUUGAGCGCUUUUUGUCUGCUGAAAAGGCAGCUGCGGUUAGGGCGACCUUCGUUCCUGUCUAUCCUCUCGAUGAAUCUCCUGCUGGAUUGCAUGCUCGGAAAUUGGCUACUGACCCAAAGGAAUCGGCACGUUUCAUUCUGAAGCCAUCCUUGGAGGGCGGCGGACAUAAUAUCUACGGUGAUGAAAUUCCCGACUUUUUAUCAUCUGUUUCUCACUCUCGAUGGUCGUCAUAUAUUCUGAUGGAACGCAUCAUGCCGCCAGUUUUGCAGAAUGUGCUCAUGGGACCAGCUGGUGUUUACGAAGGAGAGGUGGUGUCAGAGCUCGGUAUCUUCGGUUCUGCUCUAUGGCAAAAAUGCACUGGUUCCGAGCGUCGUUGCGAGGUCCUCGAGAAUUCGACAGCCGGGUGGUCCUUCAAGACCAAGUACUCCGAAAUUGAUGAAAUGAGCGUAGUAAAAGGAUACGGGUGCUUUGACACGCCUCGAUUAAUGGAGCAUUAA